AUGGGUCUCUGCUUGUCUAGCAGCGGGGCAGCCGUGGCGGCGGUGCAGGCCGAUGGGGUGGCCGCGUCGACGGCGAUGGUGCUGCUUUCGACAGGCGAGCUGCGGGAGUACCCGCCCCGGACAACAGCCGCAAGGGUGCUCGAGGAAUCCGUGGAGGCAGGAGCCGGCUGGUUCCUGUGCGACGCCGACGCGAUGGGGUUCGACGGCGGCGUGUCCGCCGUCGAGGGGGCCGAGGAGCUUCGCCCGGGGCAGAUCUACUUCGUGCUCCCCGCGGAGGCCCGGCUGAACGGACUGCGGAAAGAGGACAUCGCCGCGCUCGCCGUGAAGGCCUCCGCGGCGCUCGUCAAGAAAUCAAGCACCGGACGGCGUAGGCGCGGCGUUUCCGUGUCGCCGCUCGUGUUCGCCCCUCCGGAGGAGAAGGUCGACCAGACCGCCGCCUACAAGACCGUGCCGGCGCUCGCGGCGAAGAGGCGGCAGGUGGCCCGCGCGAAGAGCGCCGGGAGGAUGCAGACGCGGUUCGCGCCCGACCUGAGCGCCAUUCCCGAGUGCGACGCCAGCGAGUGA